AUGGAGCAGCAGCUGCUGGCAAUGCACAAGCAGGUGGGGCGAGAGCUUAAAGAAGCCAAGGAGAAGCCCAUGGCGGCCGAUGCUGACGUGGACAUGGAGGCCGACGUGGCUGCAAGCACUAAGGCGCGCAUUGCGGAGCUGGACGGGCACAUUGAGCACCUGGGGAAGACGAAGCCGACGCCGAAGGUGGUGGAAGAGCUCGUCGCCCAGUACAAGCAGGAGCGGGACAAGCUCAAGGGAGAGCUGUUCGAGGCGAAGCCCGCCCUCGUCAAGCUCAAUGCCCUGUCCAAGCGCAUGGCGCAGCUGGAGAAUCAGCAGGUCCGUUGGCAGCGCACGGUCGAUGAGAAGAAGGCUGCCAUUGAGAAGCUCCAGCAGGAGGUGGAAGAGGGUGAGCGCGCCAUCGAACAGACGCGCGCACAGUUGCUGGCCGUCACGACCGAACGAGCUCAGAUCUGCAACACCCUGCCUUCAUCAGUGGAACGCCCUCCUGUGGCUGAUGCUGCUGGCAAUGGGCGGUGGACGAUCACUGCAAUGGUGGAGGUGCUUCAAGGCAUGGGGCUGGAGGCUCCUGUGCAAGAGAAGUUCCUUGGCGUGGUGGAGGAAAUCCAGCAAGCGGAGCGAGCCGAGGCUGAGGCCAGACCGCCACCGCCAGCAGCAGCUCCAGCAGCUGACAUUGGUCCCGCCCAGUCGAGACCCAAGGACGAGCCGUUCGAGGAGGCGGAGCUGGUCGACGCUACCACGGAGGAGCCCAAGGCGCACUUGGAGGCCGUCGGUCUGGGCCAGCUGGCUGGUGGCUUUGGUGAUGAUGCGGGUCCACGAGAUGCGGUCAAGCGAUGCAUCCAGGCACCCACAUGGACGUAA